UGUCUUGAUACAAAUUAGCUUUUGAGGUGAAUGAGAGCAGAGCCGAGGUAAUGCUAACCAUUCUGGUUAGCUAGCUAAAUGUUGGCUAAUGUUAGUAAUCACAAUGAGGAAGUGUGAAAAUGUGUAACUAGUUAGUUAUGAUGAUCAUAUUUUGCCAGGGCUUUUAACAUUGUACCUUAUCCACAUAAGUAGCUAAUUUACAGGGUAUUUCAAUAUGUUCUUAUGGCCCCGGGUAUUUAAACUAGCAUCUGAUGUAGCUAAGCAGCUAGCGUGCCAUCUAGCUAACACUAUUAGCAACCUAGUUAGUUAAUAACAAUCGGUCAAACGCUUGAUUUUGACAGCUGUCGAAUGGCUCCUGUUCGCUGUCAAUGCCACGCAUUGUUUGUCAGUUUCAGCUCCUUUACUAAACCUUUAAAAAAUUGUGAUUCAUUUACAGCAACUUGUAUCUUUGGUGAAUAACUGACUUAAUGCUAACGUUAGAUGCAAAGGCAGUCUGUGUUGAAGCAACAUUUGCAUUAUGACAGCUGGCUGUUGACUGCCAGUUAUUGCCAUAACGCAGCAAUUAGGCCUUACUGUGAUCAUACUCCGUUCAUAUAUUUGUUCCCAAAGGGCCACAGAUCUGGUGGUCAUGAUGCAGUGCUAACACAGGUCCUACACAUUUGAAUGAGAACCGACAAUUUGGAUCCAAGAUGACGGACUCCAAGUAUUUCACCACUACAAAGAAAGGAGAGAUCUUUGAGCUGAAAGCUGAGCUGAACAGCGAUAAGAAGGAGAAGAAGAAGGAGGCUGUGAAGAAGGUCAUUGCCUCCAUGACCGUUGGGAAAGAUGUCAGUGCCCUGUUUCCAGAUGUGGUGAACUGCAUGCAGACUGACAACCUGGAGCUGAAGAAGCUAGUCUACCUGUACCUGAUGAAUUAUGCCAAGAGCCAGCCCGACAUGGCCAUCAUGGCUGUCAACACCUUCGUCAAGGACUGUGAGGACCCUAACCCCCUGAUCCGGGCCCUGGCUGUGCGUACUAUGGGCUGCAUCCGCGUGGACAAGAUCACUGAGUACCUGUGUGAGCCUCUGAGGAAAUGUCUGAAGGACGAGGACCCCUACGUGAGGAAGACUGCAGCUGUGUGUGUGGCCAAGCUCCAUGACAUCAACGCCCAGCUGGUGGAGGACCAGGGCUUCCUAGACACCCUCAAGGACCUCAUCUCUGACUCCAACCCUAUGGUAACGAGUGGAGGACAGAGGAGCCUCUUAAAGAAGAAGUUACAGGUGGUUGCAAAUGCUGUGGCAGCCCUGUCUGAGAUUGCAGAGUCCCACCCCAACAGCAACCUGCUGGACCUGAACCCCCAGUCUAUCAACAAGCUGCUGACGGCCCUCAACGAGUGCACCGAGUGGGGUCAGAUCUUCAUUCUGGAUUGCCUGGCCAACUACACCCCUCGCGAUGACCGCGAGUCCCAGAGUAUCUGUGAGCGGGUGACCCCCCGUCUGUCCCAUGCCAACUCUGCGGUGGUGCUGUCGGCUGUCAAGGUGCUGAUGAAGUUCAUGGAGAUGCUUCCUAAGGACCUGGACUACUAUGGCACCCUGCUGAAGAAGCUGGCCCCGCCCCUGGUCACCCUGCUGUCUGCAGAGCCCGAGCUGCAGUACGUGGCCCUGAGGAACAUCAACCUCAUCGUACAGAAACGCCCAGAGAUUCUGAAGCAUGAAAUGAAGGUGUUCUUUGUGAAGUAUAACGACCCCAUCUACGUCAAGUUGGAGAAACUGGACAUCAUGAUCCGCCUGGCAUCUCAAGCUAACAUCGCCCAGGUGCUGGCAGAGCUGAAGGAGUAUGCCACUGAGGUGGAUGUGGACUUUGUGCGGAAGGCAGUCCGAGCCAUCGGCCGCUGUGCCAUCAAAGUGGAGCAAUCAGCAGAGCGCUGUGUGAGCACCCUGCUGGACCUCAUCCAGACCAAGGUCAACUAUGUGGUGCAGGAGGCCAUCGUGGUCAUCAAGGACAUCUUCCGCAAGUACCCAAACAAGUAUGAGAGUGUGAUCGCCACGCUGUGUGAGAACCUGGACUCCCUGGAUGAGCCUGAGGCGCGGGCAGCCAUGAUUUGGAUCGUAGGAGAGUAUGCUGAGAGGAUCGACAACGCUGACGAACUGCUGGAGAGCUUUCUGGAGGGCUUCCACGACGAGAGCACCCAGGUGCAACUGCAGCUGCUGACAGCCAUAGUGAAGCUGUUCCUGAAGAAACCCACUGAGACUCAGGAGCUGGUGCAGCAGGUGCUGAGCCUGGCCACACAGGACUCUGACAACCCGGACCUGCGAGACCGUGGCUACAUCUACUGGCGUCUGCUCUCCACUGACCCUGUGGCUGCCAAGGAGGUGGUGCUGGCCGAGAAGCCUCUGAUCUCAGAGGAGACAGACUUGAUUGAGCCCACCCUGCUGGAGGAGCUCAUCUGCCACAUCGGCACGCUGGCCUCCGUCUACCACAAGCCUCCCAGCGCCUUCGUGGAGGGCAGCCGCGGUGUGAUGCACAAAAGGCUUCCCGCACGCACUGGAUCAGGAGAGGGUACGGAAUGCCCAGAUGUGGGCAAUGCUGCUGGGGGCUCUGCCCCUGAAUCUGCCCCCUCUAUCAUCCCCUCCCAGGGAGACCUCCUGGGGGACCUUCUCAACCUGGACCUGGCACCCCCCACCACCACUGGUCCCACCCCCUCCACCUCCGGCAUGCAGAUGGGAGGCAUGGAUCUCCUUGGUGGAGGUCUGGACAGCCUGAUGGAUGAGUCUGAACCGCUUGGAGGAGAUAUUGGUGGGAGUCCUGCGAUGGGGGCUGGUUUUGGCGCAGCUCCCGCUGUGAUGCCAACCUCUCUAAACGCUCCUGUGGGAGGCGGCCUUGGAGACCUCUUUGACCUCGGAGGGGGGGUUGGCAUGCCGAUGGGAGCAUACAUUCCACCCAAGACAGUGUGGCUCCCAGCCAUGAAGGCUAAAGGUCUGGAGAUCUCUGGGACCUUCGCCCGGCGUGCUGGAGUCAUCCAGAUGGAGCUGGUCCUCACCAACAAGGCCAUGAGCGUCAUGACUGACUUCGCCAUCCAAUUCAACAGGAACAGUUUUGGACUGGCCCCUGCCGGCCCACUCCAGGUCCUCACCCCUCUUGGCCCAAACCAGACCAUUGAAGUCAGCCUCCCCCUCAGCACUGUUGGGCCAGUCAUGAAGAUGGACCCUCUCAACAACCUGCAGGUGGCUGUGAAGAACAACAUUGACGUCUUCUACUUCAGCUGCCAAUACCCCAUCAGCAUGCUGUUUGUGGAAGAUGGAAAGAUGGAGCGACAGGUGUUCCUGGCCACAUGGAAAGACAUUCCUAACGACAACGAGUCUCAGUUCCAGAUCCAAGACUGUCAUCUCAACUCAGAGGCAGCCAGCAACAAGCUGCAGGGCAGUAACAUCUUCACCAUAGCCAAGCGCACGGUGGAGGGCCAGGAAAUGCUUUACAUGUCCAUCAAACUGUCCAAUGGCAUCUGGGUGCUGGCUGAGCUGAAGGUGCAGGCUGGAAACCCCAACUACACGAUCUCUCUGAAGUGCAGAGCUCCAGAGGUGUCCCAGUGUGUGUUCCAGUGCUACGAGGCAGUGCUGAAGAACUGAACCCCUGACAGGGCUGAAGUAGGGGAGAAUCCUGAGGCAUGGGGACUGGAGGGCGUUCCUGGCCCCACCACCCCCCACCCCCGACCUACAGGCUUCUGAAAGGCCCUUUCUUUGUAGAAUCUCCAACCCUGCUGUCUGUGUGCCCUCCCUGGGGACCCUGGUUUCUGUUUGUUCCCUGUCUGUCAACCAAGCAUUUACCCUCCUCCACUCUAUAAGUCCUUAUCUGAUUCAAACUAUGUCCAUUUUUAAAACUGCUGAGGUCUCUGGCCCACAUGAUCCCAAAGAUUUUUCUAUAGACCCAUAUAGACCCGCGUCAAUAGUUGGGACUGGCCUUUGACUUCACCUUCACCUGUGGUUGUAUGUGGGGGGGUGUUUCCCAUUAACACACCCAGUCUAGUCUGAUUUCUAUGAGACAUCGCCACCCAGUCAGAUCUCCCUUAUAUGAUGGCUUAACCCCAGUUCAACCCCUGCUGCUCUGAUCCAGUCCACCCACCUCCCAUGAGCCUCUAGUCUGAGGGACACCUGGGCGAUGUGUUCAGACCGUGCUGUUAGAGGAGGAGGCUGUGAUGCGAUUCUUGCUCGUUGUGACUGUUUCUCCUCAUCUCCCCCCGAUGCCGCCUCUUCUCAUGAUUAUCUCACCUCUUAUCUCUGCAAAUUAGUACCUAUAUUUAGUGUGUGUGUGUAAUUAGCAGUUCAAUCUCCGCUGUCAGCAUACCUCAGUGCUUCACAUUAAAAUGUGACAGUACAGACUGUUUUUCCACAUCUCUGGGCUGUGAAACACCUGCUGUGUUGCUGUUCUGUCACCUCACAACUUCCUCUCAAUGUCUCCACACACAUGAUCUCAGACACGGUCCUCCUUUUUUUGUUUUCAAAUUAAUUUGAUGUCCCAGCUAGUAAAAUACACAAUGGUCCAUGUGAGUUUCGUUUGUUGUUGGCUCAAGUCAUUGGUGUGCCCAUUGUUUGUUUGUUUUUUGUACAGAACCUCUGCUGUUUCUUGCCCUCCAACUACCCCCCCCCCCCCCCCCCACCCCUCCAUGUGUGUGCAUGUAUUUGUGUGUUGGGGUGCAUGUGUGCUAUUUGUUAUUUACGGUUGGAGGGUUGGAGUAAUGUAUAAUCACCACUACUAUAUAAAAUACCAGUCUCUCCCAAAUGCCUUGCACCUUUCCUCUCCUCAUUCCAUUAUCUAUUCCUGGCUUUGUUUGUAGUGUGAUUAGAUGUUUAACUCUGGGCAGGCUAGCGAGGGCCACAGAGGUUUGGGGACGUUUCUGCUUUGUGCUCUGUCAGUGUUUCAUGGACUCUGCCACUUUGUUGCCUUCUCCCCUCUUAGCUGGUCAAGUAUCUCUGCCACCUGUCAAAGUGGCUUCAACCCACCUGUAUGUUCUGUACUUUACAUGUAUAGGAAACUAACUGUAUAGGUAACACACAUCAUGAAGUCUUUUGUAUGAAGAAAAUCAGAACAACUCAACUUCACCAUUCUUGUUUUUACCUAGUGUCUCUUUGGGGAAAUAAUUGGAUAUUUAAACUUUUGAACUCUCUGGACCAGCUCCAAAGAGGAAACUCACUAUUUUACUGCAUGGAGAUUAGUGGAUUUACAUCUGUCUUUGUGUGUCUCUGUGUGUGUGUCUCUCUCUCUGUGUGUGUCUCUCUCUCUCUGUGUGUGUGUGUGUGUGUGUGAUAAGCUGUAAAAUAGCUGAAGGCGAAAUCAAUGUUUUUUUGACUGACUACAUCCUUUGAAACAACUAUUAAAAAUCAGAUCUAUUCACAAAUGCUUCAAGUGCGAUCUUUUCUGAAUUCACUUGAGUCAUCCAUCAAGAAUGUACGUAGGAUGUAUUAUAUUGUAAGAAUGAAGUAAUAAAGAGGACUAAACCGA